AUGCAUUCAAACUGGACAGUCGAUUUUAAAAAUAUGUUCUUUAUACUGUACAUCAUAUUAGCAACUCACUGCCACGCAGAUGACAUAUUCCCCGAAGCUUUGGUGUUUGAAGGAUUAGGUUUAUCUGACAUUGUCAAUAAUUCAAAAUCCGGCGAACUUAGUAACAACACCAUAAUAAUUGCAGGAGAUUUAAAUGACGCCUUGACAACCAUGAAUUUCCACAGAACAAAAAUAAAUGACUAUCUUUGUCGAAAAUACGUAGUUGAAGAAAUAUUACAAGAUAUUACGGACAGUACGUCAUCUGAAGGCCGAUCGAUGUCUCAAGACAGUCAUAUGAGGAGUAAAACGUCUGUAAUGCAAACCGAUCAAGGCUCAUCUGCUUACAAUGCAUGGCUGAUCAAAACAAAAUUAUUGAAAAAAAUGUAUGACGAAUACGAUUUAAGCGUUAGAAUGCAUGAAAAACCCGUCGGAUUUACACUAAACAAUAAAAAUAAUGAAAGCCUAGGAACACAUGACUACGAUACCAUGAAGAACGUAGAUGACAUAAAAGAUUUGAAAGAAGUUUAUCACCCAAACGAAGAUUCAUUUGCUAGCCCCAAUGAUACAGUCACAGUGGACUUCGCACCAAGUCAAUCUAUACACUACGAUAUUGAUAAUGAAAAAGAGUACAAACGACCAAAUCAACCGCACCCUGGUACUGCUGAUUUCAACCCUACACAGUCUACUAAAAUACCUCAGUCAGCACACGAACCAUAUUUCCCACGACCACCACAUGAACCACCAUCACUUCCAACUUACUAUGGACCUCCACCAUUGUCAAAUGAAAAACCUUCAUACCCGUCUGAUUAUGGAAUGCCAUCAUUGCAGUCGUCAUAUGGACAACCACCACCAACAUCACAUGAACAACCUCAGUCAUCAUAUGGACCACCGUCGUCGUACGGUCAUUCUUUUAUGCCUACUUCAAAUUACCAUCCAUCAAAUUAUCCAUAUCUUGGAUUGAUUCCGCCAAAUAAGAAUACAGGUCACAAUCUUCCGACCCGAGAUAUUGAAACAUUAAGUCAAUCGGAUAACGGUGUACAUAAUUCUGAUAAAGAACCAUUAUUUAUACGAGGACUUACCGCAACAGAUAUGUACGAUCUUACUUUAACAGCCAUUGCAUUCUUGGGGUUCGGUACAUUUGUCAUGAAUCUAGUCAUGGACGCCAUGGCGGUACAAUCAGGAGCAACACUAACUCUAAACUCGUCGCCAUUACAUCACGGAGCCACUGUGUCUAGAGUCAGAAGACAUAAUAACCACAAUAACCCCGUAAUUUGGGAAAUAAACGAGUUGUCAUGGACCAUAGUAUCGACGCUGGACAAUAUGAUGGCAAACGUGGACGGGACCUCUGUGAAUUGUGAAGAAGUCAAAACAUUGUGCCAAAGAUCCAAAAGACUAGUAAAAACCGGUAUAAACUUCAGCUCAAAAUUAUUGCCCGUUUGGAAUGUUGCUUUAGGAUGGCUUUCGAAGAAAUUAGGUACGGAUAAAAGCCAGCCAGUGAUAUCUGCAUUAUUAGGUCAUUGCAUUUUGCCUUCACAAUGUCAAUCAAAUUCAUGA